CGGACAGUGUAGGACGUGAUGCAUUGCUGGUCUGUAUACUUUUGUGUACUACGAUUGUUGAGCGCUUCAUUUAUUGAUUCAUCGUUGCGUAAUAACAAACAGCUACAACUAAAAGUGCUUGUCCACUUAGUAAAUGAUUUUCAUGUGUAGUGGUAAAAAUUGCUCGUUAGUUAAAACACGUUAACGUUUAAGUCGAUGACUCAGCACGACAGCAGGAGUGUGUUCUUAUUCCUCCAUGGUAUCACUCAGUCUUGUGACUUUUGGUUUGGAAUCUACUGAGUACUGUGUGUGCAUGCAUGCAUGCGAUGUAAAGUUCCAUGGACUAGAUUUUGCUUGUGAUCAAGUUAUCCGUUCGACUUGAGAAAGCAGAUUGAAUUGUGAGAUUUGUCAUCAUUUAAGUGUCUAUUUUUGUUUGCCACAAUUGCUACCAUGGACGACAAAAGUGAAGCGUCAGUGACCAUGACUAGCAUGCCUAGUUAUGCCAGUGACAUGUGUGAAAACUGUGGAGCUGCUAAGGGUUCUACCAAUAUGGGUCUCCAGCUAAGCAAGGCUGAGGACAAAGAAAACAUUGUGGCCGAGGAACACGAUGAUGAUGCCCAUCACCAUGACGACCACGGAGACGAGGAUAAGGGACCCCAGACCUGUCGGGAGAAACUGCGAGAAUUCCUGCACACUCAGAAAUUUCAGAUCACUAUUAUUGUUCUCGUCGUACUAGACUGCGCCCUUGUGAUCGGUGAACUGGUUCUGGACUACGAGGCUGUGGCAAAUGCCAAAUGCCCGACUGAGGUCCAACCCACGGAUGGAAAUGUCACCUCGGACCACGCUGAAGUGGAAGCGGAAGCGGAAGUGCAGGCCUCGGAAGGCGAGCACAAUCUAACGCCCACCCAGAAGGCUGCUGAGGCACUUCAUUACCUCAGCCUGAUUAUCCUCAGUAUCUUCAUGGUAGAGCUCAUGCUCAAGCUGAUCGCCUUGGGGACCAAGUUCUUCCAUAGCAAACUAGAGGUCUUUGAUGCUAUCAUCAUCAUCGUGUCUUUCAUACUGGAUAUUAUCACCCUGCUCUUUCCUGAAAACUUUGCUAUUGUGGAUCUUAUUGUUGUUCUCCGUCUGUGGCGAAUCGUUCGCGUCGUUAACGGAGUCGUCUUAUCCGUCGAACAGAGAGCAGAGAAACGCAUCAACCAUCACAAGAGAGUCAGGGACCGUGCCAUCAUGGCGGCCAUGAAGUUUGAAAAGUACAGCGCUGCCCUGGAGGAGGAGAUCCAAAUACUGCGAGAUCUGCUGGGGACAAACGGAGUGAAACUAGAUGAAACUCUGUUCAAAAGCAGACCGGAAAAGCCCCACUACGAUCGCAAGUACCACAUGACCACAGAGAAUGGUGAAGAUGGCGAUCAUCAUCAUCAUCAUCUCCAUCUUCCUUUCCAUCACCGCAAGAAGCACGCGCAACCGGAGACCAACGACUCGAGCGCCGCACUCCACCUGGACGACAGCAAACCGCCGGACUACGAUGCGCUUCACCAAGGCAACCACGAGGAAAACUGUUAACAGGUCAGAGGUCAUAUAUGUAUGCAAAUGAGGCCACCGUCCUUGGCAAUUAAGUCCACACAACGUCGCUGCUACCUGGUUUAUGUGGACCUCUUUUGUUCGGAAGUCCACAAAGUGAAUGUAAUGCUUGUACGCCAUUCUCACCUGCGAACAGCACGCUUCUUGUGUAUUAUCCUUAACGUAAAACACUUGUGACUGGGCCCCCCUUUUUUCAUUUUUGCUUAGCACAGUAUUUUCUCCUUAGUAACUCUGUGAUUUUGGUUCCUGGCCGCCCCCUCUACAUUGUAAAUCCCCAAUUGUUCACAUCCCUGUCAUUAAUCUUCAUGUCCAUUCUUUUUGUUUCUUUGAUCUUGCAGUGUGAUUUUAUAUUCUUAAAAUUUAAAUUAGCUUAAUUCUGAAUCCCAUUUAAAUCGUAUUGCCAAACUACGUUUUUAAGUAAAAUUUUAAUAUCUCUGAUUAUUUUGAAUGCAGCAUGGCCCAUUAAGGCUACCAUGUAAAAAUUCGACCAUACAUAAAUAAAUAAAACCGCUGAUCCUUGGGCUAAUUUGUUAACCAUUAUAAUUACAACAUUCUUUUCGUAGAAUUGUUCAAAAAGUUAAUUUUAGAAUCUUAUUAGAGGUAAGCUAAGACC